AUGGAGCCGGGGGUUGCAGAUCAUACCGCUUCCUCCUACCGUAACCAGAAGAUCUUCCAGGACCGCCAUUUCUCUGCGCAAGAAACAACACUAAAAGCGUUAUGUGAUGCUAGAGAAUGGCAAGAGGCUCAAAUUCAGUUGCAACCUAACAUUAGGGCUCGCCCGAUGGAGGAUAAAAAUCCCAAUUUGGCUUUCACUUGCAGAUCAGAUGCAGCAUGGAAAUCUGAUUCCAGGGUCGCAGGUGGCGCAUGGAGCUUUUACAACAAUCAGGGAGGUUUGAUGACCUCUUAUUCUCAAACUUUUUCGAGUGUGAUUUCGCCCCUUGUGGAAGAGGGACUAGCACUUCGACAAGCGAUGGAGCAUGCUGUGUCGCUCGGCUUCGGCUCAAUGAUCUUCGAGACUGAUUCAAAGCAAUUGGUGGCAGCAAUUACUGAAAAUCAAGGCGUCUCUGACCUUCACGGCAUUUUGCUUGAUAUAACUCUUUUGUCUGGUUUGUUUACAUCUUCUCUGUUUAGGUUCUGCCAUCGUGACACUCUGUUUCUAGAGGAUGGCUUAGCUAAACAGGCCCUAAGAGCCCAUGUAACAUAA